AUGUCUCCCCCGACGAGACAAUUCCACAGGCUCUCUAUCGGUCAGAACAUGCCAGAAACUCGGGCCCAGUCUUCACGGACGGCCCGCGCAGCGGGGCGGCCGGACCCUUCCGACAACGACGAGGAUACUGAUCAUGGGAACCAAGGGAAUGACAGUUCUCCUGCGGAGAGCUCCAGUCAGGAAGAUGGGGAUGAGGAUGAGAGCAGCGAGGAAGAGUCUACUCGCCGCGUUCGGAUGCGAUCUGGAAUCACGUAUGAUUUGAGCCACCUGAAUGCCGAGUCGGAAGCCAAAGCUUUGCUGGGUUUGAUGGGCCAGUUUGAAGUCGUCAAUUGCAGUGCCUCGUCGUCCGGUUACGACUUUCAGCUCCUAGAUCGACCACGAGUGCAUGUUGGCCCGGGUUCGCCUACUUGUACCUGCUCGACCUUCCAAGGCCAGCCGGGCGUGGCGUGCCACCACAUCUUCAACCCAGUUCCUAACUCACCCCUUCCUCCAGUGGCUCCUCGAUCAGCUCCAUGGCUGCUUCCUCUCCAACCCCCCUCCACGGAGGUGGCUCUGUCCCACGAUGGCCGCCCCCGUGUGCAUCCAAGCAUCGAGGACCUCCUGAAGGGCAAGCUAGAAGCGGUGGCAGACCGACUCAACUGGCCGUGCCUGCGCAAUGAGGGCGACGGAAGAAGCACGGGCAUGACGCGGGCCCAAAAGGUACGAGAUGUCCUCUCUGCAUUCAGCCCGAAAAUCUUGCCGGAGGAUUUCCGCCAGGAUUUGGCGGAGACGACCGCGCAGACGCGCACACCAGAACAAUGCGUGGUUCAGGGCGACUUUGAGGCGACGAUCUUCCGGCUUGCCGUUCACGACGACAGCGUCUUCACGAGCAUGUGCAAGGCCAUGCCUUCGGGUGCGUGCGCGGCGAUCUACUUUGACAAGGUCCAGGAGCAGUCCCGCCGACUUCUCGCCGACUUUGACCGCUACUGUGCGACGGGAGAGCGGCCUGCGGAUCCAAGCAGUCCUGGCGGAGGACUCGUCGAGGUAGACGAGGUUGUUCAGCAUCUACGCCGCUCGGUCUCUCGCAUCCGCGCAAACGUUGCCCUCCGUGCUCCUUACGGCUCCGAAGGUGCUGCGAAAGCUCUUGUCUCGAUUCUCGAAGCGAUCGCCGCGCGCAACAAAGAUGCUUUGGAAGGGAAUACCUGGGGCCGAGCUUCGUUCCAUGGCGAGGACGAGGACCAGCGCAAUUUGUACCACUUGCUCAUUGGGUCUGAGGAUAUGGAUUUGGACCCUGACGCGGAGCUUUUCGUCCUCGAUGCGCUACAUGCCCUUCCUCCGGCCGAUCUUACCCAGUACCUUCCCAAGUUGCUUGAUAUUCGAGGAAAGAUUGAGGUGAAUCGCGCGCCAAAGCUGUUCCUUCUCCGGCUUGGGGCUUUGAUUCGGGUAGCUGAGUCGGCCAGUGCUGGUGCUGCUUCAGCAUCGGGUCAAAUGGGCUCUGGGCAGAAGCGACCAGCAGCUGGGAACUCGGGCGGUAAUUCGAAGCGGAGUCGCUAG